CUGUAACUUGAGCCACGCUGUCUUGGGCUUCUCGCCUUCUCAUUGGCUGCUUGAAUCUGCCGGCACUUGUGAUUGGAGGAGGCGCGCUGUCACUCGGCUUGUCUCAUCCUCCCUCUCGUUAUUUUCCGUCGCGAUCGGGCAGUGAGAGGAGGGGAGCGAUGCUGCGCUGCCUCUCGCUGGAGCUCAGGGCCCGUCACUGGCAGCCGUGAGGGACAGCCCGGGGCCUGGGAGCCGCGCGCUGGGUGUCCGGGGGAUCAGAGUCUCUGUGCUCGGUAUGGUCAGGCCGCCCCAGUGCGCCUUCAGACUGGGAGACCGGGCAGCUCGGUCCUGGGCACAUCUACGGUAAGUAGGAGGGACCAAAAUACCCCACUAACCCUCUUAUAAACCCCCUGUGCUAACCCCACCAGCUGCAUGUCAUGGGCUGCCAGGUCCCUUCAUACCAGGAGAGGCCCAAAGGAGUAUUCCCCUCCCCAGCUCUCAGAACUACAACUCCCAUGAUGCCCUGCCAGUCGUAACAAUGACACAGCCUGCUGGGAGUUGUAGUUCUACAGGAACUGUGAACUCUUCCUUGUUUAUUUUUUUUUUUUGGUGCCUACUGUGUAUGGAAGUACCAUUUCUGCAAUGGGAUUGAAAUGUUAGUACUGUAUAAAUAUUUACUAUAUAAUGUGACUUUUUUUUUAAUUUUUUUUUUUUUUUUUAACACUGAAUUACUAGGACUUUUUAUAAAGGAUUAUAGAAAAAAUCAAACCAGUCUAAUCCUGUGAUUUAAUAGCCUUGGGUUCUACAGCUUUUGUUGGACUGUAACACCUAUGAUGCUCACCUAACCACUGCUGUGGAAUAUAUAUAUUCUUCUGAUCCUUUUGUGGCUGAGCAUCAUGGGAACUGAAGUCUGCAACUACUGUAGCACCAGUGGAUAGACACCCACAUCUAGUUCACUAGAGCCAACCCAAUGCCCAAGUUUAGAUUCUAUUGUCUUUUCUCCUAUAUCUUGGUUAUCUGCUUUCUAAUACUUUUACAUUCCUCUCAAAAAAGUCAUGCUUAUUUACUGAUUUUUAUUUUUAUUUAUUUUUUUGUAGAAAUAUGUGCCCUCAUCUUGCAGUGUUUUACGACUGAUGCUUUCUUUACGCCCCCCUCACCCUUUUUCUGCAUUCUUAAAAUUAUAAUUCUUUAAAGAAAGCAAUCUGCAUAUGAAGGCAUCUGACAUCUUGAGCAAUGCCUUAUUAUAUCUAAUUUUUGUCAUGUACCUUCUUGGAGGUGUAUAGCAAACUGAGGCAGAACCUUUUUUUUUUUUUUCUCCUCCUUUGUUCAGAUUACCAAUUACAUCACAGAGGUUCGCUACCUGUGCAUUUUAUAGAUGCAUCCUGUCUUGGUGCAGAGCAUUCUAAGAAAAUGCAUCUAAAUAUCUUCACCGUUUUAAAAUGAAACCACAUCAAAUGGAUUUUUGAAAAUCCAAUGGUUUGCAUCCUUUUUACAGAUCAGGUUUAUGAAUUAUAAUAGAGGAUUUAGUUGAAUAUAUUUUCUGACCCAUUUCGCCAUUGUAAUCUAAUCUCUGAGCAAAUUUUAUUAUACAGUAAAGAAUUGCUAUUGUGUGGGUUUUUUUUUUUUUUUUUCACUUUCUGCAAAUGCUGGGUGAUUCUACCGUUCACUUAAAACCUAUAAAUGCUUAGAUUUUUCUAUUCUUUUUCAUUAAUUAUGAUCGGUUUAUAUUGCCGUUUAACAGAAAUAUGCUUAAAUGAUACUUUGUUACUGUUCUUGCAUGCAUAUAGUAAAGCUCACAAAUGCCGAAUCCAAAUUACUGUAAUUAUUGUAACCUUUUAAUUUUCAGUUUUUUUGUACAGCAUAAAAUUCAUUGGCACUUAAGGGAUCACGUGUAGAUAUUUGUCGAAAAGUGAUUUAUUUUUGUAAUUUUUUAUUUUUGCUCUCAUUUUAUUCUCUGUAGCUGAAUAUUACAUAUUUUACAGGGUGAAUUUGCUUUUUGAGUGUAAUGAUUUGUAAGCAGUGUAUUUAUGCUGGUUACAUAAUAUAGAUUGCCUGCAGAAUUCUUGGUGCACCUCCCCCUUUCAUUCAUUGCCAAAUACAAUCCAUGUGUAAAGUAAACUGCCUGCAAGUCUUUUUUAUUUAUUGCUCUACAAAUCGAGAAUUGUGCAAAAUUAACAUUUACAUAGCUGUGUUAUUCAAAUGGCUGUUCUUACAUGUAGAGCAAGAUUCAGGUUAUAUUUUUGAUUUGUAUCGAACUAUGCAGUGAUGGCUGUCGCGAGGUGUUUAGUGAUAAUGCAGAGUCGUGUAAAACGCAUUCAUUCUUCGUAAAUGGCUAAUUCUUCUUGGCACUGCAUCUGUUGUGGACCAACUUUCUCAGUGUGGAUAGCCAAAUAAUGUGGGAUUCCUACAUGCUUAUUCACUAAACACCGUAUUGUAAUUUUAAAAUAGGGUUUAAUAAUUUAGUCUUAAAAUAGCUAAUUUAGAAAAUUUUAUAAAACUCCCUUAGGUUGCAUGUGUGGGAUAUAAUUUCUUUUUUAAAUCCAGACAGUUCUCUGAAACCAAAGAUCAGUUGUUGCCUGCACAAUAUUAAAAAAAUCUGUUCUGUCCUUGUGUAUAAACCUAUUCAGACAUGGUAAAGAGUACAGUACAUCAAAACUUGGUUUGACACACUGAUCUAGUAGAGUGAGCUUUUCUGCAAGCUUGCAGUGUAUAGAUUCUUUAAUCUUCUGUUUUCUAUCAGUUUAUGUAUCUUUAAAACCUUUCUAGUAAAAUGUAAUUUUUAUUCUUCAAAUCCCUGGAUUGCAAUUCUGCGCACUGUGGUAGAAACAGAGUUCAUGUGGGGUUGUUGCCUUGUCCUGUUAAUGAAUAGGUGUAGUUCUUAAUACAAUAAAUGUGUGGCUGUCAUAAAUGUUCAUAUUUGCAUUUUAAUCUAAUCAUGGAGUCAGUUUGAGUCAUCGCUGCCAUUUUUUUGUGUUCUAGCGAAAUUCGGAUUGGUAUGUUUCAUGGGUACGCAAUUCUGUGCGUCUGUGUAUGUAUAAUAGAGAGGGCCUGCUAAUGGUACAUAGGUGCCCUGUAGUAUUAGUUUGUGCUGCAAACUCCUUCCAUCCACUUUUUUUUUUUUUUUUUUUUUUUUUUCAUAUGGUUUCAUGUGAUUCUAUUGGCCCUAAAUAGUGCCACAUUUUGAAGUAUGCUGACCUAGUGUAUUAUGUCACAGUUAACAAAUUGAUCGAUCAAUAGUACAUGAUGAUUUUCUCUAAGUCGGGGGUCAGGAAGUGGGUCACCAGCUGUCACAAAUGUACACCUCCUGUGAUACUUGCCAGUAAGACGACGACGACAACAUUUCUGCAAUUCUUGGGGAUCUACUUUUUGCUACUUCUGCUUUAAAUGUAUGAACUUUGCUUCUUAUACUUAUGAAACUGGUGAUAGGGAAUAUAGUUAAGACAUCUGGAGUGCCAUGUUUAAAUGGACACUGUAGUCACCAGAACUACAGUUUAAUGUAGUUCUGGUGUUUACAGCCUGUCAAUGUAGGUUUUUGUAAAGGAGUCCUAUAAAAGCAAGAAAAAUCCCCUAGCCACCUUCCUUGCUUUUAUAUACGGAUUUAAAAAAAAUAAAAAGUUUACAAAAAACUGCAAUACCUGAUUAUUUUGCAUCUUCAUUGCUGAAUCAAUAUAGCAACUCAAAUAUCCUAGUUUCAUUUAGGACACUGUCAAGUUUAAUACCUUUUAUGCAGAUCUUGAGUAGUGUUUAAUAUUUAUAUCCUCCCUAGACAUGCUAUAUGCUAAAGGUAUGCCUACAUAAACUCCAAUUGUAAACUACCAUACCCUUAAUUUCCUAAUCCCUAUAUACUGGCUGUUUUUUACAGCAGAAGCAGAUUUAAAUCCCAUUUAAAGGACUGUAUGGAGUAGGGAUUAACCAAUGUAAUUUUCUUUUAAGGGCCGAUACAGAUAUUGCUAAAUAUUUGCCUAUAAUUGGUCAAUACCUAUUAUGCAAUGCUGUCUUGAGCACUGCAUACGGCUCCUCUAGAAGUCUGGGGCUUCUGAAAUGGCACCAGCUGACAAGGGAGCUCCAGGUAUCUAUUUGAUACUGGGCUCUUCUUGGUAUGAGCAGGUAUUUAACCUUCUAGACACUAAACAUUAGGAAGUUCCAUGCUGUUUUAAUGACGUUAAAGUCCACUUUGUGGAGGAUGGCAUGGUGCUCUUAGCAAUUACUCUGUGUCCACAGAGCUAAACUACCAGGAAGUUACAGGACAGCUUGUCUGACUGUGCAACAAGGUUUUAUAAAUUUGUUGAAAUCUGCACCUUUUUGUAAAAGGGGAGGGGAGAGAGGCACUUCAGCAGGCUCCAAAGGUUUUGCCUGGUGGCUGAGAGUGAAUUUAUUGAAUUUCUAUCUAUUUUAUCCUGGAGUUAAAAAUUGCCAUUCAUGUUGGUUAUCCAUGGGUUUCCAAUGUUGGGGACAAAGAAAACAAGACUCCCUCUUAAUCAACACAAUGUAUAUUGGAAACUUAUGAUGAAUGGAUUAAUUAAGGCCAAUAUGUUGAGCACAAAAGCUACCAUAUCUUGAAGGGACCCUGUAGUCACCAAACCACUACAGCUUAAUGUAGUUGUUCUGGUGUCUGCAGGCUUUUUAAUGCAAAGGCAGUGUUUACUGCCCAGGGACACUUAUAGUGACAGUCACUCAGAUGGUUAGUAGAUGUGCUGCAACACUGCCUUUUUAGAGUUUCCCCGCUCUGCAAGGAGCUGCUGAACACUACCCAUAGAUGCUAUUUGUCAAUGUAUCUUUAUGAGGAGAUGCUGAUUGGCCCAGCAUUUUGCUGCACAUGCACAAUAGCCUCACAGUUUUCCUGUGGAAAAGCAUUGGGUUGGCUGAGAUACUCAAAUUUGAUUUCAGUGAAGGGCAAAAGGCUGGGCCAGCUGUGACGAGAUUUGUAUGAGGAGGGGAAAUAGGGCUAGUUUCUUUUAUUUUAGGCAAGGGGUCUGGAACCUAAACCGCACUUAGAGCUAUAGUGUCAGGUAUACAUGUUUGUAUUCCUGACGCUAUAGUGUCCCUUUUUAAUGAAGUGAGUUUGGUGCAUAAAUCUUGUGCCUUAUGUCUGGCAAACCGCAACUAGAGGCACUGCCUUAAGACUUUUGAUUUUAAAAGAUCUGAAACACUAUAGUUUUAAAACUCAAACUCACCAUGUAAAAGAAGUAUGCUGUGGGUCACAGAUAAUCGAAGUGGAUUUAUCGUAGUACCCUGAGCUGCAUUAUGGUUACAAAGCUGGAAGCCUUCACAACAUGGGUGUUUAUCAGCUGGUUUUAUUCAGUUCUAGAGAUUUAUCAUGAAGAGCUCUCAUUGAGAAGCCUUGCAUGCGACUAGCCAAUAAUGCACUUAAUACACUUAUUAAUUAGCUGUAUUACAUUUCAUUGAGAAGUGUGUGAAUAGCUGUGCUGUGAUUGGUGCAGCCCUUCAAUUCUAUGUUCAACUGUAGUCCAAAGCAAUUGAGGCAAGACUCUCUCUUAGACAGCCGUAAGUGUAACAAGCUAAAUUGCUUUAGAUGCCUGGUGUUUUCUUAACAGUGUUUAGCAAUGUUUUCAAAUUUACCCCUGCUAUCAGGGGUAACCUCGCAUGGUUCAGAUGAAUUAAAAUGAACUUGUUGAACCAGUAACAAUAAAAUAUUGCUUACUGCCCUAUAAUUCAACUUGUCCACCAUUUCACUUCCUUGGCAUUUAACUGUUCUAUUUGUCCCGUUGGUAAAAUUCACUAUGAGGUGGUCAGUUAUUUAAAAUGGCGUGAUUUACAAUCUAUAUAUACUUUGUGCUGGCAGUAUUCCAAACAAAUGUAAAGAUCGUUUCUGUAUGUUGACUGCACAUGAAGAGCUGGAAAGCCCUAUUAAAUGCCAUGCAUAUCAUGGUUCAAACUGAAUUUUCCCUAAUACUCAUUUGUAAAGCUGGGCUAUUGUGAAUAAUUUAACUUUUUUUUUUUUUUAUUGGUUGGCUUGUUUUGUUUUUAGAAUGGAUAUACGCAGCUUAGUAAAUUUACGUCCAUCUUCCUUUGUGUCACACGGUAAGGAAUAAGACCAAGUUUGUUUCCAACACUUCUAGUAACACUAUUUGGGUGUCAUCAGCCGGCCUGGAACUAGAGUUCUGGACUGGCUAAUGACCAUCAUGUGCAAAUUUCAGUGCACAGAAUCAAAUUCAUUGGCUGAGUGCAGUCAGCUGACUCUCUCGGCCAAAGAAUGAGUGGCUGGAUCGGCAUUCAGCUUCUGCAGUUCUGAACAAGCCAGAUGUUCUAAAUCAGGAUGCUUUGUAGACCCGGCAGGACUACAUAAGGGGGAGAAUUGUUGUAAAAUGGUUUGCCCUAUUACCGAGGAAUGGUGCCGGGUACUCCGACCAUCAUAACCACCACAGUGGCUCAAGUGAUCUGGACUUCUACAUUUAGGUGUCCUUUUUCAGAUUUCGCAAAAACAUAUUUUUUUUUUUUUUUUUUUUUUAAACUUGUGAAGUGGCAGGUUCCAUUAACUCUCUUCCAGCUUCUCGUGAUGACCUCACUGAAUAAAUAGAUUUCUGUGAACUGUUGCUGGCGGUCCUCUCGCCAGUGAUCAGGCUGCUGCCAGUGCUGAAAGCAGUCAUUUGGGCCAGCUGUUGUCUUUAAGCUGUAAUUCAGUGUGGUAAAACAGGCCACUACGAAAAGCACUAAUUUGUGUUGGUCACAAAGCUGAAAACUGUGGAUUAUUCUCUAGUCUAGAACACUAAGUUUUUAGCUACAAAGAGAUCUAUCUGUCUGUCUAUCUAUCACAAAAAACUGGAAAACUUCAAAUCAUUUUAAUUCCAUUGCCAUUUCUCCAUAAUCAUUUUGGCGAAUAAUUCCUAUAACUUGCUUUAAACUAAAUUACUGUGAUCACAUCACAGAUUUGUAAAGUAGAACAUUUUUCAAUAGUUACAAUGUGUCAAGUUUUGUGGAGUUUGAUUGAUUUAUUUUAUUUGCGUGUGCAUCUUCUCCUUCAUUGCUUGUUAUAAUUUGGCAAAGAUGUGUAUUGUGCACUUACAUUUAGCUAGCAAUUUCACAGACAUAAGUUAGUGGGUUUUUUGUGUGUGUGUGUAUAUAUGUCUAAAAUUGCGUAGAGAUGGCACUCCCAGGACUCCAAAGGUGUAAAAAUAAAAAUUUUCAAAAUUAAAAGAUCAACGUUUAAGUUUGUCACCCAAACUUUCAUCAGGAAUGAUGCAAGUCCUGAUGAUGAGUCCUUUCCUGAUGAAAGUUUGGGUGACAAACUUAAACGUUGAUCUUUUUAUAUAUAUAUAUAUAUUCUAUAAUGGGGGGUUUAGUUACAUUAUAUGAUCAUAUAUUGCAUAAGCCUGCCACAAUGUCAAUGUACCUCAUUCUUGGCAGGUCCUACUUUUAUGAGAUUAAUCCACUUAUUUAGGAAGUGCUUCCUCCUGGGAUUCUCUGCAGGUCAAGGCUAGAUAGGAUCCUGGAAUGAGGCACCUGUGACAUGGAGGGGUGCAAAACCAAUGAGUUGGGGUACUUCGAUGUUGUGGCGGGCUUAUGCAAUAUAUGAUCAUAUAAUGUAACUAAACCCCCACUAUUUUUUUUUUGUCUAGGUGAGAUGGUUUUUAAAUAAAACUAUUAUAAUCUGGGAAAUUUGAAGUUGAGUGAAAUAAGCGAGUGCGCUGGAUUGUGUAUUUUGUAUGAUAUAUAUCCUUUGCGGUACUAACAUCACUGCAAAUUUGUGAUUUCCUGUGGGAAAAUCAAGUCUUAUGGUUUGACUGGUGUGCAGAUUUUGGUUUUAACAUUCUUUAAAAAUAAAUAAAAAUAAAUAAAAAAUCCCUCUCCCUCUUUAAGUUUCUUCUUUUUUUUUUUUUUUUCUUGUACUUUCACAAUGUCCUUGUCCCUGCAACAUGUAUUAUUUUUGGAGGGAUUGAUAUGCCUGUGUCAAAUUAAGCGAAUACAAAUGGUGUAGAGGGGGACACAAAGAAUGGAAGGAGAGACCUAUUGCUACUUUCAGGAGUAAUUAGGUUGUUUUUUGUGUGUGUGGUGUGUGUGUGGUUUUUUUUUUUUUUUGUCUUCCUUUUAUAAAACCAAACUUAGGUCAAAGUAGGAAUGUGUUUGACUGCUCUUUAAAUAUACUAAACAACUAGCAUUAUGAACAUGUCUUCAAACACAAGUCUCUGUAAAGACUAAUCUGUCUUACUGGAGUUGUUUGCAGCACAAACCCCUUUGUAUCAAUUUUUCUUUGCAGAUCAGUGGGUGAGAAAUAUUUAAUCACUCAAGUGGAUUAUUGUGAAUUAAGUUGCAAAACCUAGGCCCUAAUAUCAAAGUUGGAAUAAAUCUCUAACACUGGUAUUUUGGCCUAAACAUCUACUUUAAUGCAAUACGUUUCAAUUCAGAUUCUUGUAUGCAUCCCGAAUCCUAAACUCUGAACUGUAAAGACUAAGCACGUUCAUUAACCCAGGGCUGUGGAGUUGGUUUACAAAACCUGUGACUCUUGACUCGUAUUUUAUUAAUAUGCAAUAUUUCUGUUUUACAGUUUACUGUAUAAAUUAAUAUUUUAGAAUAAAAAACCCCCCCCUCAAAUAUGGCUUAACUAAUACACUGAACAUGGCCAAGAUGAAAAUAAGGCCUUGGCCCAAUGCCUUAUUGAUCCUCACUACACUUUCACUUGUCUCAUACUUUUAGAAAUGACUUGAGUCUGUUUAGGAGUCAUUAUUUACUCUUUAUACACAGACUUUGGGAGAACUAGCAUACAACACUCAUUUGGUAUUGUAUCAUAAGUCUGUAAACGCUGACUGGCUAGAGAGACAUGCAGUCACAAAAUCCAACUAUGCGCUAAUGUUUUGACUCUGAUCAUCUUAAAACUUUUGUAAUAAACGCCUCAUAUUACAGGAUGUAAAAACCUUUUAUGAAUCUUGUAUGAAACAGGAUAUUUUCACGGCUGCUGCCUAGCCUAGGGCCAAAUUGUAAUCCUAGGAGUCUGCGGGCUUAGCCUAGGCACAGAAAUUGCACAUCAGUUUGAGUCUACUUAUCUAGUGAGUAUAGGACUAAACCUAUAUUAUACCUCUAAUUUUUGGUGGUUGAUUAUACACCAGGAGCUAUGGUACAUUAAUUAAAUUGGUACACUACUCGGACUGCACUAACCUAUGCAAUUUUCAGAACCUCUCUUCACUGUUCGCCAGUCAUUUUUAGUUUAAUUAAAUGUAGUGUGUGUAAAUUUUUUUAUUUUUUUUUUCUCUUCUGCCACAUCACAAUUCUCACCACUCUGCAUAUUUCAGAAGUCCUAUAUCAGAUUUGUUCCGUGAUCUCAGAUUUGCUGACUUUAAAGGGGAGGGGCUAUAUUUGAUAUAUGGUCCCUUCUAUUAUAAGAUUUGCUAACCUUAAGUACCACAUUCUGCCACAGUUGCCAGUUCAUCACUGGCUGGGGAAACAUUGGGGCCUUACUGCACUGUGCCAAUCGGCAUCUUCCCAUACUGAUGAAUUAGCUCAUUGUGUGUGUUUUGUUGACUACUCCAGGUAGAGCUAGACAAUGCUGAUCCUUGGUCCUGCAAUUAUUGCAGGACCAGAAUAGGAAGUCUGUCUGAGUGACCGCUUAGAUCUGGUCAUGGAUAGUAUUGAUUUGUUUAUGUAGGUGCAAACAUACUCUACCUUACGCUAUAAUAAAUAUUCUCCUUAUCCUCAAAAUAAGGUGGUAAUGUGUGUCAUCUUCCUCACGAUCAAGGUGCUCUCUGUUCAAGCAAUACUUGACUGCAAAAUGUGGUUUGUGACCUUGAUUUCUAUCAAGAGGCUGCCAAACUGUCAUAUUUUUAUGUACUUCCCUGGCUUGACCAGCUGACAAAUUGUCUAUAGCAUACCUUGGAUAGACAAGGCUAUAUUUUAUGGUCGUAUAUGUAUGACAAAUUUAGGGGGUGAUUGUAACAGUGUGGGUUAAAGGGUAAUUGAGGCAGUGUGAGUGACAGGGCGAGGGGGGAGGGUUGAUGUGAUGGGGUGAGUGUUACAGGGUUGUGAUGAAUGUGGAAUGGUUAGAGGGAGAAGUGUGACCGGGAGAGGGGAGGUGAGUUACAAGAUUAGGGUGGUUUAUGUGACCGGGUGAGAGUGGUAUGUUUGAGGGAUGAGUGUCAGGAUUGGAGGGGUUAAUGUAAUAGGGUGAGUGUUAUCGAAUUGUGGAGAGUUAGCGUGAUAAGGGAAAUUAGCAGAACAAUGGCAGGUGAGUGUGAAAUGAUUGGGGGGUUAAUUUGAGAGUUGCGGGGUGAUAAUAUGUGGAGGGUGACAGAGUGACCAAUAACUAUGACUCAGUUACUUAUGCAUUCAGUACAGAGCUGCAGACAAUGUGGUCGAUGUCUUGCAAGCUCCGGCACUGGAAAUGUCAGAGCAUUGCCCUGGUAACCCGCUGCAACAAGUUGACUGCUGGAGCUCGCUGACUGCUACUUCAAUUUGCAGCUCUGCACCGGAUGGAGCUUCAGAUCGGUUGCUUUUCUGGACUCUCUACCCAGCACACGGUUUGCAAAACACUCCCUUAGAUUGUCAGAGUGAAUAUCUACUUUGACCGUACAAUAACUACCUUUCUCUGCCUUGCCACCACAGGCUCGUUUUUGUUUUUGUUUUUUUUUGCACUCUUAAGUUUAAUUUUUACUUUAGAAUACAAAUAAACAUGUAAUUUAGAUGUUUUCAGAUCUAUGACAAACUGUGCUUUAUUCCAUAACGAAGCACAUAUGCUACAGCUCCACUGAAAUCUAGUGCUUAUAAUGUGAGGCACAGUCCAUGAGCUUGGUCAGUUUUAUAUUAAACAAAGCUGAAUUCUGGCAUGCAUUUUUUUUUUUCUUUCUUUCUUAAGACAGGGGGAGUAACGUAUUCAGGAAGCUUCCAAACUGCAUCAUGGAAUUUGUAGUUCCAGAACAGCAGGACAUCUUACAUUUUGUAUUUAGGAUCUUAAGUUAUCAGAAUACAAUUAAGAAUGUGAUGUUGCACUGGGGAUUACUGGUCAAGUUUGGGUAUAGAGAUUUAUAUAUUUCUUGUGACACUUGAACACUCCUAAUCCAUAAAGUUCAGUAACAGUCUGUUUUUAUUACAGAUCACACAUUAUCGCUGGACAAUAAAGUUUUAUACAAGAACAGAAGGAAGUGCUAAUCUCAUUCUUCAGUAACUUUUCUGAUCCAUUUUGCCUGACAGCGGGAAGAUCUGUUUUGGAUUCUUAAUCAGUGCAAGGGAAAAGGACGAAUAAACCAUGUAUUAACAUCUAUUAUUCUGAAUACCUAUUGAAAGAAUUCCAAACAAAAGGAUGGAGUAAAUAAAUAAGGUAACCGUUGCAUCCUUUAUAUUCAAUAGUUAAUAUGAAAAGUUUCAGGAUAAUUGAAACAGCUGUCAGUUUUUAUCUAUCUUAACGUAAAGAGAAUGUCUUAAGGAAAUUCAGGGCUCAAAAUAUUUUUGCUCACUCAAGCUCCCUAAUAUUAAAGGGUAAUCCAGACGUGGACCCAGUGCUCACUGUGCCUAGAUGGGUAUCAGCUACACCUCGCUGACAAGGCCCAAAGAAGGCCAAAACAAUUGUCCGGGUUGCUGUAUCAGUCAUGUAGAGAGAACUUGCCUAUAUUUCGGCUUUGAACUGGCCUUAUUGGUGGGGAUCUGUCUGAUAUGCAAAUUGUAUAGGUAAGUGAGCAGAAACUUUUGAGACCUAAGUGGGGAUUUAUUGGGGGUAAGGUAUUUAAGGGCACUUUUUUUUGGGGACAUUAAGUACAUUUUUAAAUUUGAGAACUUCUGAGCAAGUGGAUGGGUACUUAUUUACUGUGUGAAAAAAAAGUCACUCUGGAACAAGACUGGAUUAAGGAAUGACUGAGGUCAAGAAAGGGUUGGGUUGGGUUGUAUGCCUGACUGAUUUAAUAACGGGAAUCAUGUGUUUGACUACUAAUGAGAAGCUUAUAGCCUGGAUACUCCAAACGAGGACAAACACAAAUUUGUACCUCGAGGGUCUGAUACAACCGCCUAUAAUCUGCUAGAUCUUUGUUCAAAUCCCUGUAAAACCUUACAGGAGAAUGCAGACUCCUCUCAAACAGUUUGACAGAAAACCAUGAGACCGCACCCGAAGGCUCAAAACACAAUAACAAUUACAAUGAGUUGUAGUGGUUAUCGUGCAUAGUGUCUCUUUAAAGAAUUUUAAAAGUGUGUCUGUAUUAAAUUUUUUUUCUUUAAACCUAUUGCAGUCUGUGCAUAGGGGAUCCAAAUGGCAUCCUUUCCUUUGUUUGCAAAUUUUCAGACUUUUUUUGAAGUACAGACAUUGAUCUUAAAAGGUCAGUCUUUGCAAAAGGUUUGGGGCAAGGGACACUUUUUGAUUUAUAUUUUAUUUUUGGCCUAGACAUUUAACCCCUUAAGGACCAAACUUCUGGAAUAAAAGGGAAUCAUGACAUGUCACACGUCAUGUAUCCUUAAGGGGUUAAUGGACGAGCAGCUCCGUAGGAUGAACAGGGGCCAGAAAGUAGAUGUUAGGUCAUCCCCAAUAACAAGAACCCCUCCCCCACACACCUAUUAUUAAAAAAAAAAGCCGCUCCACGGAAUCUCCUAUGCAGAGUUCUGCUAAAGUGAUCUUUGAAGGGGAAAACGCAUGGUUUUUGUUUUUGCGCAAGCGAACUUAAUGCGUGCCUGCAUUUGCUAGUGAAUUAUCGUUGGUAUCACCAAUAGUGGGAUACCAGAGGUCAAAAGUGGGACAGGGUGUUGUACAUGUAGUGUAUGUGUUUUUGGAGGCUGCUUGUGAGAUUGUAUCUAUUUAGAGGAGGCUGUUUGUGUGUAAACAGGUAUGUUUGUGGUGUACUAUGUAUGGCUGGGGGCUUUAGUGAGGGAGUGUAUUGGGGGUUAUAGGUGUAUGUAAGGAAUGUGGUUACGGGGGUGGGUAUAUUUUUUGUGUGUGUGUUUAUAGGAUAGAGGCUUUAAACCAACAGUAGCCAUUUCAUUGAUUUGAAGUGGUCAUGGUAGUAGGAGUAUGUAUAUGCAGUGUUUUUCAGCUUAAAACUCUGCACUUGUGUGCGGAGGGAUAGUUACACCCCUGGCACAUGCAACUUGGGCAGCCCAGAACUCUGUUCUAGGUGCCUAAUGUCAAUCAUUGUCACGUACAGCGUGUUGACAAAAGAUUUUAAAGAUCUUCUCCCUUGCAGGCGCUCUGUCAAGCUAUCUCUCCUCUCCAUCCCAUUGUGUGCGGUCCCUACUGCUGUUGCAGAAAUAUAGAUAUGAUAUAUAUAUGAUUAUAAUGGUUUAGAGUCAGUUUUUCUCACCCUCCUCCUAAAAAGGUGUAUGUGGAGUAGAUCUGCUAUCUGAAAAAUGGACAGAUCCACUGUAAAGGUAUGUUUGUUUUUAGUUGCUAUUGUUAUGACAUAAGCAUAUUUAAAAAAAAAAAAAAAAAAAAGUUAAAUGGCCUUAUAAAGUACCCAUACAUAGAACAACUUAAGUUCCUUGUUCAUACUCACUCUUCCAGUUCUGAUGUUUAUUGUUCAUUGGCAGAGGUGACACUGUGCUUAGGCUCUGCCCAGAGAAUCGCAAAUUCAGGUAACUUGAACAAGAUAAGUGGAAUUGGUGGGUACACCUGGAACAUCCAUUUCUCCGUAGUGGUGAUGCCUUAAAGAUCAAAAUAUAUACAGACCAAGGAACUGUGCACGCCCAAAAAUAUAGUUUCAUAACAUUUACAAGGCUACUUAAAAAUCACAAAGUAUGUGUGCUAAGAUGAUUUUAAAGCCCCACUAAAGGCACCCAGAUCACUUCAGCUCAAUGAAGUGGUCUGGAUGCCAGGUCCCUCUUGUUUUAACCCUGCAGCUGAAAACCUAGCAGUUUCAGAGAAACUGCUUUGUUUCACUGAGGGUUAAUCCAGCCUCUAGUGGCUGUCUCAUUGACAGGCGCUUCCGCGAUUCUCACUGUGAAAUACACAGUAAGAAGAUGCUGGACGUCCAUAGGAAAGCAUGGGCUGUUUGAAUGCGCGCAGCUCUUGCCGCGCAUUCAGAUCUGACUUCGGCAGGAGGAGAGGUCGCCAGCGCCGCGAGUGCCCGGCACUGGAGAAAGCCAAGUGGCUGAAGGGAUUUUAACCCUUAGCGGGAGGGGUCCCUGAGUGGGGUGGGGGGGGGCCUAAUGACCCUAUAGUGCCAGGAAAGCAAGUUUGUUUUCCUGGCACUACAGUGCUCAUUUAAGUAGCCUUGUAAAGUUUUUAGUGUGUGUGUAUUUAUACUUGCUGGCCUUAUCCAUGGCGGCUCAACAAUGGGUAGCUCCUCGUUCUCCCCUAAUUAGACAGGAGCCAAAUAUUCUGUCUUUUUGUUCCUGUCAUGGCACCCUUUUUAAAGCUCUAAAGUAUGGCUCAGAAGUUGGUCAGCUGGCUCUGCUUCUAAAAAAAUCAUUGUGUGAACAAACCCUUCUUCCACAAAAACACACUCUUACCGAGAUUCUCAUAUAAGCAGAAUCAAAGAAGGCCAUUUUUUCUGUCAUAUGGUGGCAGUAACUUCUGGGGUUUUGCUCCUCCCUGUGGACAAGAUAUCUAACAAGUAAUUUAAGAUCAAAAGACCCUCCCCAUGCCCUAUAAAAUGCCGUACCGCAAAACCUACCCCAGUUUCCUUUCUUUUGCCAAUAGGGAAGAACAGGACAUCCACAGGGUGAGACACACGGGCUGUCUUUCUGGGGUCCGAUAGCUGCCCAGGCGGUAUGCUGAGAGCUUCCUGGAGCCGGAGCUCGUUUCUGAGCAGGCGCACAGCGGUGGAACGCACGCCCGGGUGGUGAUGCGUUCCACCUAAGCUUCCGCAUGCGCUAAAACGCAUGCGCAAACCGGAAGCUUAAAGGUACAUACAAAAAAAAACGUGAAAAUUUUGAAUUUCUGGUGUAUAUAAGAGAGCUGUGCAGGUACCCACUGACUGCAUGGAUGCAGGUCAAAAGAGGUAAGCCGUGUCACAUGCACCUCCACACGGCUCAGAGGUAUUUUGAGGUAAGAUUAAAAGAAGUCUUUACUUUAAAAUAUUCUCUUGAUAAUUUAUAGGAAAUAUCAAACAAUCUAAGCCUCCGUUUAUAUUUUCUCACACAGAUGUCUAGCCAAGCUUAUCCUGAGAUGGACAAGUCAAAACUGGGUACCUUCAUGCCUAGAAAGGUUACAGUAAAAUCUAAACCUCUAGUUUGCAGUGAAUGUGCAACUUCUCUUCCAGACGGAUCAAGGAAGAAGGUGUGCAGUCAGUGUACUGCAAAUUCUUUGGAAAGAGAUAAGCAAAAAGAGAUGCUAUCUUUCCUAACCUGGUUCCAAGAAAACCUGGCCCAGACCUUGGAGACUAUUAACGAGUCUAAAAAGGUGGAAUCCCCUAUACAGCAAGGACAUCAAAAGAUCAAGAAAAGAAGAUCAUCGUCUACAUCUGAAACGUCAUCCGUGGAAUAUAUAUCUUCAAUAGAUUCAGAUGAGUCAGGAUCCUCAAGUGAACCAGUGGGGUUUCCUUCGGAUGAAAUCCGAAAAUUCAUAAAGGAAGUUAACCUGACAAUCCUACCACAAGUCCCUGAGAAUACUAAAAAAAAAAAAAAUUUCUGUUCAACAAAACCUGGUUGAUCUAAUAUUCAGGGAAUGGAGAAACCCUGAGAAACGUGCCUUUAUAUCCAGACACUUUAAGGAUAUCUUCAGACUGGCUGGCGAAGUUAUCUGGGAAGAUCUCCCAAAAGUAGAUGUUCAGGUGGCGCAGAUUGCUAAAAAAGACCACUAUCCCUAUAGGGGAAUCUUCAGCUUUAAAGAAUCCAUUGGAUAAAAGAGCCGAAACCUCUUGUAGGCGAGCUUACCUGACGGACGGUUUUCAAUGCAGGGCUUUACUGGCAGGAGCAGCGAUUGCCAGAGCUAAUGGCAUUUGGCUAAAUACGGUACAAUAUAUUUUAUCUUCUGACCAGGUUAAAGAACUUAGCCAAGUGCAUGUUCUGAAACAUAUGGCUUACGUAUACCUUUUGCAUAUGUCGGUAGAAGUUCUUAAAUUGGCAUCCAGAUUUAUGGGAUUGUCUUCGGUAGCAAGACGAGCCUUAUGGUUAAGGUCUUGGACGGCAGAUUCGGCUUCCAAAUCUGUCCUUUGUGAGCUUCCACUAAAAAAAACAAAUUUAUUUGGGGCUCCUUUUUAGAAGAAACUUAUCAGGCAAAUGUCAGAAACCAAAAAGGUGCUUCCUCAGGAUAAGAAGUUCUCCUGGAGAUCAGGUUACAGGAAUUACCAGUAUAAAUAUAGGAGAUCUUAUCAAGAGAGACCGCAUUUCUUUCAAAGAAGGGAUAAAAAUCGGAGAUUUGAACAAAGGGGUGAUGUUAAAAGAACCUUCAGAGAUGGACGUUUCUGAUGCCAGAAGUGUGGGAGGAAGGCUCCAACAGUUUUUUCCAAUAUGGGGGGAAAAAAACCACAAGAAAUCCUUGGGUUCUAAGUCUUAUCCAGCAGGGACACAAGAUUAUAUUUACGGAGAAACCAAGAGCAAAGUUUCUGUUAUCAACCUACCAGUCUUCAAAGAGAUCUAGCCCUAUAUUUUCAAACCAUGCUUCUGUUUCAAAAAAGGGUGAGUACCAGUAAAAAAAAAACAUUUUGGGGAGUUUAUUCAAGAUUAUUUCUGGUUUCAAAACCAGACCACUCUUUUCGUCCCAUUCUGGAUUUAAAGAACAUAAACCAGUUUAUCCCUUAUCAAAGACUUUGUAGGGAGUCAAUCGCUUCUAUUUGUCCUCUGUUACAAAGAGGCGACUUUAUGGUAAAAAUAGACUUGAAGGAUGCUUAUCUGCAUGUUCCAAUUGCUAACGCUUCAAGAAAAUUUCUAAGAUUUGCAAUAAAAAAAGGAAGAUCCACCGUUCAUUUCCAGUUCAGGACUCUGCCGUUUGGUCUGUCAUCCGCCCCAAGGAUAUUUACAAAGAUCCUGACUCCUCUGACAGCUCAUUUGUGGGAAUUGGGAAUAUCGAUUAUCCCUUAUUUGGACAACUGGCUUCUCAUGGCACAUACAGAAGAACAGCUGCACAAGGACCUGCAGGUCACUAUCAGAGUUCUUCAAAACCAUGGCUGGAUCUUAAACCUAAAGAAGUCAGUUCUCAUUCCAACAAGAGAAAUAGUUUCUCGGAUUCAAGAUCAAUUCAGUCUCAUGUCGCUUUAUCUUCCCAAACGAAAAAGGAGGAAAAUCCGAGAGGCGAUUUCCAAUCUCCAAAGGAUGGAAAGUUGUUCCUUCAGACAGGCCAUGGGUGUUUUGGGCCUUCUAACUGCCACCUUUCCAGCAGUCAAAUGGGCAAGAUGAGAGGUCAGACCCCUACAAUGGAACAUCCUGACUACCUUUUCAAAAAAGGAGGAAGAUUUAGACACAAAUUUCUUGUUAUCCCCUCAAGUAAAGACUCCGCUUACUUGGUGGAAAACCUCAGAGUGCAUUUCAGGAGGAUUGUCUUUUCGUCCAAAAGACUGGAUAAUAGUCACUACAGACGCUUCAAGGACAGGUUGGGGAGCUCAUCUAGGCUCCACCAUGUUCCAAGGAAGAUGGUCAUUCAGGGAGGCGAAGGAAUCCGCAAAUUUCAGGCAAUUAUUAGCAGUUCUUUACGCUCUACAUCACCUCAGGCCUUGGUUACUACAAAGAGCGGUGAAGUUCCAAUCAGACAAUCGUACAGUAGUCUCAUAUCUCAAUCGCCAAGGAGGAACCAAAGUAAACAAGCUUUACAGUCUUUGUGCAGAAAUUAUGGAGUGGUCACAGAGAAAUCUGGAAGACAUCUCGGCAGUUCACAUAAGAGGCAGCGACAAUAUAAUAGCUGACUAUCUAAGCAGAGGGAAGUGGGAUCAAAAAGAAUGGUCUUUGAACCCGGAAAUUUUCAGAAUCCUGACAAAAAGAUUCGGCGUUCCAGAUGUAGACUUGAUGGCAAAAGCUUCAAACAAAAACGUUUACAACUUCGCCUCCCUAUUCAGAACAGAUCAACCCAAUUGGAUAGACGCUUUAUCGAUAGAGUGGAACUUCCGUCUGGCUUACGUGUUUCCACCUCUGCCUUUAAUCCCAAAGGUCCUUCUCAAGAUACGAACAGACAGAGCGAGAGUAUUGGCAAUAAUCCCAUAUUGGCCAAACAGUCUGGUUUUCGGCUGUAAAGAAGAUGGCCAUCAAUCAUUGGGAACUUCCCAGAUCAAACCUUCCUCAUUGUGAACAGGAACCUGCCCUUGAAAGUUCUAGAAAUAUUCAGGUUGACGGCUUGGCUAAUGCAAGGCUAAUCCUUCGUAACCAAGGUUUACAAGAAGACAGAAUAGUGGUCUUGCUCCACGCUACAAGGAAGUCUAAGAUAUACUUUAGGAUUUGGUCUGUUUCUUCACUGGUGUAAAGAACACCUGUGCACAGUUUUGCAUCCAUCCUUAGAUAACAUUCUCCAUUUUUUACAAGACUGUUUUGCAGCUGGUCUGGGAGUCUCCAUGCUCAAAGUUCAAAUAUCAGCAUGAAGUUUUUUUUUUUUUUUGGCCUCCAAUGUUUUCAUCUGAAGAUUUUUCAGGUCCAUCAGCCUCAAACGACUGCCUAGGUGAUCUGUGUUUCCAACUUGGGAUUUAGCCAUGGUCCUACAAGCUCUUAGUGUUCAUCCCUUUGAACCUUUUGGAGGAGGUUCCAUUAAAAAUUUUGUAUCUUAGUUUCAUUUCUAGUAGCCAUCACGUCGGCUAAAAGAGUGGGAGAACUUCACGCUCUGUCCUCCUCGGAUGAAUUCACAAUUUUUCACAAAGACAAGGCUGUUCUUUAUCGAAGACCGUCUUUUCCAAAUAAAGUUUUAUCUUCAAAGAAUAUUAAUCAGCCGAUUAUUUUACCUUCAUUUUAUAGCGAUCCUCAAGAGCUCAAAUGGCAGAAAUUGGAAGUCAGAAUAGCUUUAUUUGUAUAUCUAGCCAUAACAAAAGAAUUCAGAAUUUUGGAUCAUCUAUUUAUUAAUUUUCAGGGUCACCUUAAGGGGAAUGUAGCUCCCCGCGGUACCUUAUCCCGUUGGCUCAUUCAAGCUAUAGAAUUGGCGUAAUCUACAGCAGGUCUUUAGUCUUCAGCUACACUUAAGGCCCAUUCUACCCGAGCAAUGGCUACCUCAUGGACAAAAAAAGCACUUGCAUCUCCAGAGGUCAUCUGCAAAGCAGCAUGCUGGUCAUCUUUUAACACUUUUAUCAAGCACUAUCAGCUAGACAUAUUCUCUGCAUCUGAAGCAGCCUUUGGGCGUAAGGUGUUACAAGCUGUGGUGGCCUAAGUCUCGCCCAGAUGGGGAUCUUGCUAUAUCCCAGAAGUUACAGCCACCAUAUGACCGAAAAAAUGAAAUUUUUACUUACCAUAUUAAGAAAAAAAGAAUUUACGGUGGCAGUACUACUUCCCUCCCUCUUUAAUAAAGAAUUUUUGCAGUAUAUAUAUUUUUUUUCUUUUUCUUGUCACGUACUGGGGUAGGUUUUGCGGUACGGCAUUUUAUAGGGCAAGGGGGAGGGUCUUUUGAUCUUAAAUUACUUGUUAGAUGUCUUGUCCACAGGGAGGAGCAAAACCCCAGAAGUUACUGCCAUCAUGUUAAGAAUUUUUUUAUUUUUUUUUUAUUUUUUUUAUGGUAAGUAAAAAUUUGUUUUCCUUUCAGGAUAAAGGAAAAAGGAUAGAUUAUGAUGCCAUUCCUGUAGGGGGCAGACUUCUGUUAUUCAAGACCGUAUGGAAGAAUACUACAACAGACAGUUGGGUCCGGUCAGUAGUUCAGAGGUUACAGUAUAGAACUUAUAAAAAUAUUCCUCCAAGAAAAUUCCUCUGUUCAACUAUACAUUCACCAGACAUUGUGGCAGUUUGUCUCCAGCAGGUUGGGGUCUUAUGGCAGGAAAAUAUUACAGAAAUUAUUUUAAAAGAAGAAUCUAAAGGUUCUUCAAGAAUAUUUUUUUUGGGGGAAAAAGCCAGAUGGUUCAUUCCGUCAAAUUCUUGAUUUUACCAGUUCAUGCUUCAGAUUUUGCAUGGAAAACCUCUUCUCACAUAAUUCAACCAGGUUCAUGGUUAUAUUCCAUUGAUUUGCAAGAUGCAUAUCUGCAAAUACCAAUAGCAGAAAACAGCAGAAGGUUUUUAAAAUUUGCCAUUCAACAUCAGCUUCUGCGUUUCCAAAUCAGGGCCUUGCCCUUUGGCCUAUCUUCGGCUCCAAGAGUCUCUUCCAAGUUACUCGUGGUUAUCAAGACAGAAUUACGGAAAAAAUGUCUCCAUAUCUUACCGUACCUGGACUGGUUACUUAUAGCAUCUUCAGAGCAACAAAUAAGACUUCAGAAGGGCAACCAUGACCCUUCAAUAUCAUGGCUGGAUUAUAAACAAAAACAAGCCAGUUAACCCCAUCUCAUUCUAUCUGUUUUCUGGAUCACAUUUUAGACUCUAUUGAAAUCGAGAUUUUCCUUGCAGAGGAGAAGAUACACAAGAUAAGUCACAAUUAUCAGCUUGCAAAACAAAAAGUGUUGUGCUUUGAGACUUCUGGGUCUGUUCGUUGCCACAAUUCCAGCCGUAAUCUGGGCCAAGGCACAUCUAAUAAGACCAUUGCAGAGGCAUAUCCUCUUGUCCUGGGACAGGAAAACUAAAUCUCUAGACCAGUCCAUGAAUUUGAGCUCUUCGACUCGACUAAGCUUCCAUUGGCUGAUGACUUCACAUUUCCUUUCAAAAGGUCUUUCUUUCCCACUCAAGAUUUUUGUUCUGGUAACAGAUGCAUCAAAUAUCAGAUUGGGUGUUCACACAGGUUCAAAGCUGACAAAAGGUAUUUGGAACCUGCAAGAUGCAAUGAUAUCUUCUAACUUCAGGGAACUGACCGCAAUCUGGUUGGCACUUCUCGUUUUAAAAAGGCAUCUGAUGGGCCAUCACACUCAGAUAAGGUCAGACAAUUGUACCGCCGUAUCCUAUGUGAACCAUCAAGGGAGGACUUGUUCGAUUCCUCUGGAACAGUUAUGCUCCCAACAUAAUGCGUUGGCCAGAAAUUCACCUGUUAUCCGUAUCUGCAGUUCACAUAAAGGGAGAAACACUAUUUGCAGACUCUCUCAGCAGGAAUCAUCUGAAACAAGGAGAUUGGUCUCUUUCUCCUCUGCUUUUUCAGGAAAUUAGAGAAAUUCGGUCUUCCAGUGAUCUCAUAGCCUCCAGGGAAAAAAAAGAAUACUGCUGAUUUUCGCUUCCAUAAAUUCAGUGGACAAGCUGCUUGAGUUACUUAGAUUUUAAAGGACCACUAUAGUGUCAGAAAAACCAACUCUAGGGGGAAAGGGGUUCUACUCCCUCUUUUGCCGCCAGAGCUGCACGCAUUCAAUCAGUCCAUAGGAAAACAUUCUCAAUGCUUACCUAUGGACGCUGGCGUCAAGCGCCGAAGCGUCUCUACCGACUCUCAAUGAGACAGCCACUAGAGGCUGGGUUAACCGAUAUGUAAACAUAGCAGCAGUUUCUCUGAAACUGCUAUGUUUAAAGCAGGCAGGGUUAGCCCUAAAUGGAACUGGCACACAGACCAGUUCAUUAAGCUGAAGUGGUCUGGGUGCCUAUAGUGGUCCUUUAACAUUUCUAAAAUUGGGGUUUGCUAAAGGCCUUCAUCCUGCCACUCUGAAGGUCCACUUCACUAUUAGUUUUUUUUUUUUUUUUUUUCAGUAUUCAAGAAUUUGCUUUUGGAUGCUUUUAUUCAGAUUUUAUCUUUUUAGAGCACUUUCUAGACCCCUUCCUAACAUCAGGGAAUUGGUUCACCUUGGAAUUUAAUUGUCCUCUCUGCUCUUUGUGAGGCACAGUUCGAACCCUUGGAGUCUGUCAGUCUGAAGUUUCUUACAUUGAAGACCAUAUUUUUGGUUGCAGUGACGUCUGGGUGAACUUCAGGCCUUGGACUGUUCUCCUUUCCUAGUAUUUUACAUUGAUAAGGUGGUCCUGAAACUCCAUACUUUUCUUUCUAAAGUGGCCACCAACUAAUAUAAAUCAGGAAAUUGUGCUCCCUACAUUUUGUCAGAAUGCUGCGGAACAUAAGUUCCAUUGCUUGGCUGUUAAACGCCGCCUAUAGUUUUUACAUGGAAUGGUCUAUUCCAUUUUGGAGAUCAGACAGAUUGUCCUUUUCCAGGCUAAAAAUAAAGGUUUUAUGGCAUCUAAAGGAUCAUUGGCAAGAUAGAUUAAAGAAGCUGUUGUAUUAACAUACCGUUCUUCUCAUAUGUCGUCUCCUCCUCUGAAUUUAAGGGCUCAUUCUACCAUAGCUGUUGCUACCUCGUGGGCACUAAGAGCUUCGGCUUCUCCUUCACAGAUAUGCAAUGCAGCAACUUGGUCGUCUCUACAUACCUUCCCGAAACAUUAUAGGUUAUACUGGCCUCUGAGGAUUCUAUUUUUGGGCGUAAGGUGUUACAAGCCAUUAUGAGGUGAUGUUUCCUGCCCUUAAAGGACUAUUAUAGGCACCCAGACCACUUCAGCUCAACAAAGUGGUCUGGCUGCCAGGUCCCCCUAGUUUUAACAUUGCAGCUGAAAACAUAGCAGUUCCAGAGAAACUGACAGCCACUUGAGGCCGCCUCUGCGAUUCUCUGUGCGAAAAUCGCAUUGAACUCACGCUGGACGUCCAUAGGAAAGCAUUGAGUAAUUCUUUCCUAUGGGCAGUUUAAAUGUCCGUGUGCCUCUGGCCGCGCAUACGCAUUCAGCACCACUCGGGAGCUGAUGUCGGCAGGGGAGGAACGGUCACCAGUGCCGAGGGAGUUUAACGCCUUCAGUUCAGUGGGAGGGGGGGACCUAAUAACCCUAUAGUGCCAGGAAAACAAGUUUGUUUUCCUGGCACUAUAGUGUUCCUUUAAAGGAUUGCUUGUUUAUCCCUGUUGUAGUGCACUGCCUCUGAUCUGGAGGGAAAAGUUAAAAUUUUACUUAACAUAAAUUUAUUUUUCCUUAUGAUUAGAGCCAGUGCACAUAUUUCCCACCCUAUUCAUAAAAGAUAUUUUUGCAGUUAUCUGGCUUUUGUAUUUAUUGGAGUUUUAGGGAUUCCAGGUUGUUUUAUACCUGUAGGAGGAGGAGCCUGGGAGGAGUCUUCAGGAUUACAAAUUGGGUUGCCUGCCUGUCUUUCCGAUCCAGGUUAGAAGAAAUCCCUGUUGUAGUGCUCUGCCUCUUAAGGGGAAAAAAAAUUACUGUAAUUUUCCCUAGCCCUUAAAUUAUGCAUAUCAAAUUUGGAAGAUAUUGGAGAUGCCAGAAGUUGUUGUUCUUCAAUUAUUGACCAUGUACAAGACAUUAAGCCUGCUGUGGUCUUUACCUCAUAAGUUUCGAUGAAUUUGUUGAAAGCCUUUGCUAGGAAUAUGGCACUAUCCGUUUUCUGCUAGGAAAGAUCUCUGGCUCAGAUCAUGGUCUGCAGAUACGUCUUCCAUAAAGAGUCUCUGCUCUUACUUUUCAUAGGUAUAUGCUUUUUGGCACGAAUCUGGAUGGAUACAACAAAAGAGCAGCAGAAGUGUAGUGUGGCAAAAUAUCUUCUGACUAGUCUUAUUUUUAAAGACAACAGACCUGGGAGAAAAUAUGGAAGAGCCCAGCGCUACAAUUGGACAAUCUUCAAUCAGAAAUGGAAAGUCCAGGGGUAACUCAUCUACCAAAAAUUCCCUUUUUAGAUCUCCACGGGCUCAACGGAUAUUUAAAUAUUAAAAUUGAGUCUCCUCAUUCCAUCAUAAGUUUUGUGUGUGUAUUUUAUCUCCCCUCUUCCUUCUUCCCUGCAGGUAAUGAACUGUCUUCUUUCCCCCUGCACCCCUGGUCCACUUCACAUUUAUUUUAUUUUUUUUUUUAUUUUUAUUUUUUAACGUAUUUUGCCAAAUAAGCAAAAACAAAGGUGAAGGAACCGCUUUAUAUUGUUUUGCAACUAGCAGGUGUAUAUCUGGUAGAUUCAUGGUAAACUUGGAGAUGCCCUGUGUAAUCUCCACACUAGGAACUUGAAAUUGCUCUGAACAUGGGAGUUGUAUUAUAAUUACACUUUUUUUUUUUUUUUUUUUUUUUUGCGUUUAAAAGUUCCUUUUAGGCUCCAAGCAUAGCUCAAGGUUUAUACCAACCUCACCUCUUUUUUUUUUAAACAUGUGACUGGAACUUAGAGGAAGAGUCUAAUUAUUGUAUGAUCUAGUGUAGUGUAAAUAUAUAGUUAAAUAACAGAGUUUCAUGUUUUGUAGUACAACAAGGUUUGCAAUAAAGUGAACUUUAGGCCUGGCUAUCACCACAGCACAUCUAUUUAUUUGAGACCAGUUUUUCUGAGGAGGCAAACGCCUCCUGAUGGGGGGAGGGGGUGGGAGAAAACAACCUUUCCCAUAAACCAACAUUCUGGUCUGUUCUUUUGAUAGUUGAUGGGAAAGGUAGUUUAUUCCAUCGGGAGGCGUUUACCUCCUCAAACAUAGAUGUCCUGUGGUGCUAACCAGGCCUAAAAUUCACUUUAUUGCAAACCUUGUCGUACUACAUAACCUGUGUGAAUGGACAGGAUGUCAGCACCUGCAGCAACUUGCCUGUAAUGUGACCUAUGAUUUAAAUACAGUAACACAAAGCACAUAUAUUGUUAACUUUGCUUAUUAACAGUUGUUAGAAGCGUUUGCACUGCUGUUUCUAUGAGGAGGGGAGAGGAACUUUCUUGUAAUUUCUCUACCCUAUAAAGCGGUCUGUUUUGUGAAGCCUGCCAGGCUGUUAUUUGCAACAUUUUAAAGUACCCUCUCCUUGGUUCCUGAGUUGAUUUACAGAUGGCGCCUGGCAUGCUGAUUUCUGAAGUCUUUACAAACCUGAUGUAAUGUAUUGUUUAAUACCACUCUUGAUUUCUGCAAAUAUCAGUCAUGCAUCCACUGUUAAUGCGGCACUGUCAUGCCGAACUGUUUUUCCUAUUGUUUUCUCUUCUCUUCCUCUCUCCAAAUCUGUUUUCUUUAUUUCUGAUCUAGUUUUCUUUAAAACAUAAGAUGCUUCAUUCACUAUUUCCCAACGUCUGGUCAUGUAGAUAGGGCUCCGAAGGAUUGACCGAAUUUUGUGCAAACCGAAUGCCCACAGUUUGCCCAUUUAUGUUCGCAUGAAAGUAGCUCCCUCCUUUAAUAAGCGAACACAGAAGUGAAAUUUUGUUUGUUCUUUGUAACUUUUUUUUUUUCAUUCGUCUUUCUGGCGUAGACCUUCCCGUCCAAAUUUUAGUUAAUAGCGAAUGACCAAGUGUUCAACUGGGCAUGGGCAGGAAUUUCACUGUGUUAUCUAGUGUGGGCAGAUGACGUGUCUCGCCGGGCCUUCAUCUGUCCACGAAGAUGGCGUUGUCUAGGACCAAGAUACAGGCAUGAAAUAAAGAGUUAAAAAGUAGGGGAAUUUGGGAGUGACUAGGGGGACAAUAAAAUGUAGUAGAGAGGGGAUUAAUAACAAAACAAACUGAUGCGGCUAUGACAAUGCUGUUUUAAGCGACUACUUGUCACAGACUGCUCUGAGGAUGCACAGUGAGUAGAAAGGCUAUGUGACCUGACAGCCGCUGUGGCAUGCCAUGGCUAGUAUAAAUUUAUACAUUUCACAGUUCAGAUUAGUAAACAGGGCUGUCUGUUGCAAUAGGUAGAACCAUGGACCCCACAUGCAGACUGCAUCUUGUCUCUUUCCUGGAAAAACUGUGAGCUCAUUCCAAGCAUGUACUGUAUGGGAAAAAAUUACAUUGGCAGACUACUGACUGAACACUAUACACAUGUAUGUAUUUUACAUGUCCAUUUAAGGCUGGACAAAACCUACCACAUAAAGGGAUUUAGCUAACUAAAGAAAGAUUGCCAGCAUCAGUACAGAGUCCACAAGGGAACUGAGUAAUCUGUACAGAAACUGAUCCGAGAAGCCAGCCCCCCUCCGCUCCCAGUUUGUAGCUAAAUGACAGAGUGGGCAUCUGGCAUGCGGCACCCAUUCAAGAAUGGUACUGGUAGGCAAGACCUGCUCUGGCUGGAGGCAUGCACUCUGUCACCUGGACUGCCCCAUACCUUGGUAGACAUGGGUAUAUAAUGUGUUGUGUAUAAAAUGUUUUUCUAUUUUUGUUUAAAUGUAUUUUCCCUCUUUUUGUGUGGGUUUUAGUCUGUCUCCCUCACUCCUCUAAAUGCAUAGUUCUAUGGGGGCAGUCAUACUGUGUAUUAUGGUGUGAUUGUACCUAGCUAAUAGUACAGGAUCAUAAAAUAUGAUUUGCCCUUUGAAAUAACAGCCAAACUAUGUUACAGAACACUGGAGUUGAGCCAAAGGUUAGAAGUCAGACAUAAAUUUUCUUCAAUCCUUAUUGAGUUCAAAAAAGUGGGUUUAUUUCAGUACACAGAUUAAUAAACCACUUUCUACUUGAAAUUAGCCAUUCACUAACCCCCAACAACUGCUCACAUAAAAGUAUUAAUUAUAAAUUUAUAUAUGGUGUAUACAUUUUAUAUUAAAAUAUAUAUUUAGUUAAAUUCUAGCUGCUGUGUAAUGGAACACUCAGAUUUGUUGUCCACUUACUGAUGUGGUCAGUCACUGUGCUAGGAAGAGCGUUUCUAUUUUGAUGAAACAUUUUAACCAUGUCCAUUCCCCAUUCAGACUAAUAGAACAAUUCUCGAGUUCUAGAGCUUUUCACGCAAUGUAAUGCCUGUUUUGCCUAAUGUUUCUCCUCUGCUCUCGCUGGCAUAUCAGGAAGUGACAACCUUAGACCUGUGUAUCCCAUUGCUGCAUGGAUUAGGGACCCCUUGUUUCAGUGUCCCAUCCUUUUUCUUGCCAAGCGUGACAUUACACUUGGCAAGACAUAAUGUGUGUUAAUAUGCGUGUUGAAAUAUAUGUGCACACUUAUUGCGGUAUGUGUAUAAAUGUUAUGUAUGCACAUUCAAAAAUGCAUAAAAUGUGCAGGUUUUUUACAUUUUGUAUUUUUGAAUGUGUAUCUACAACAUGUCUUAAGGUACAGGCUGAAGAUGUACUUAUGGUCACUAUGACAGGGCUCGACAAAUCUCAGGCGCCAGGUCACCAUGGCGAUCGGGAAUUUGUUACUGGUGCUUGGGGUAUUUGCCAGCCUGUUUGCAAAGGUGCUUGCACCCUCCGCAUGCCUGCUGUUCUCCUAUUUUUGGCCUGCUGAUGCUCUCCAUGAAGCUCAGAUGUCGGGGCUCUAAGACACGGCUCCGCAUAACGUGUGUCGAGCAUGCGAGAUCACAACAUUGCGCGAUCGUCUAGUAACUUUGCGUUAAGGAAUGGUAGAACGUCGACUUCUGAAGGAGUUUAAAACAGCGAUUUCAAAAGUAGUGGUAGAAUCGAGAUCUAGGUAAGUCUUUUUUUUUUUUUUAUUAUUUAUUUAGUUUAAUUCCCCAUUUCCACAAUAAAUUUUGUAUUGGCAGUAAUAAUUAUAAUGGCAGUAAUAAUAAUGGUAUUAAUUAUAAUAAUAAUGUAGUCAUUUAUAAAUUUUUUUAAUAAUUAACAAAUAAAGUAAUAAAAAUAAUAAAGCCGUAAUUAUUAAAAAAAAAAAAAAAUGAAUAAAGCAAUAAUAAAAUUUGUGUUCUCAAAGUGAAUUUAAAUUGAUAUGAGGUUAUAUUGCUAUGAUAGCAAAGUAAUUUUUUAUUUUAUUUGUGAUGUUAUUGUGCUCUCCUCAUGGAAUCUGCGUCCUGACACUGUAUAGAGCCUGAUGUCACUAUUUCCCUACAAUUGUUUAUCUAAAAAAAAAAAAAAAGCACACUUCUUUGACCAGAGUUAAGCCAAAGUGAAAUACAAUAUUUUAAUUUGUUUUUUUUAAUAAUUUUUUUUUGUUAACUUGAAAUAAAGUGAUAAUGUUCUUCUUACUAGCCUAUUCCCUUAUUAAUUCCUUUUAUCCAUCUUCAUCAUUUCCCCCAAAAUAGCCAUCCUCAAACCUUUUCCUCAAAGAUCAUGGAUCAGUUUAUUUCUCCCAAAAUGCACAGUAACUAACUGCUGUUGUCCAGAAGUACGAGAUGUGACAUAUGCAGGUUGAUUCAAUGAUUUUAAUUUUUUUAUUUUUUUUUUUUUAAAUCUACUUCGGCGUCCUAAAAAGUUAAUGGGCAAAAGUUGAGAGGCAAACCUGCGUGCAUCUGUAAAGAUACACAUCAGGGUUAUUAACAAGAAGGGGUGCUGUGCUUUUAAAAAAAGUAACCUUUUUGGAGACCAUUACAGAAGUAUUAACGUACUAAAAUGCAAGUAUCUUUCUUUGGAAAUUAAGAAAAAAUGAAGCGUACAGCAAAAGCUGCAACAUCAGAUGCAAAGCAACUGUGGAUGAUACAUUUCUUGUUUGGAAAGUGAAGUGGAACUUGUUACUGCAGAACCAACCUGCACAAGAAAAGUCCCCUUCAACAAGUCACUCUCAAAAUGCUGGAAAAGGAAGUUUAAGCAAGAUUGGUGCAAGGAACUCACGUGGCUAAAAUGUGACCAUAACAUGUGCUUUAUAGUCAUAUGUGAGAUCUGGGAUUGCCGAAUAAGCAUCUAAGUGUGUGAAAGGGGUUUUCAGGGCCAUUUAAACUGGAGACCUUCAAAAAAACAUGGAAAGUCUCUCCAGCAUGAAAAAUGUGUGAAGGCAAAACAUGCUCUGUUGGCUCCAGAAGCUAUGCCAUUGGCUGCAUGUGUUAAGAAAAUGGAUCAAGGGAUGUUCAACCACAUGAACCUUCUAUUUAAUGUGGCUUAUUAUACUGCAAAAAAAAAAGGCCAAAUACAGAUUUAGAACGUUUUCUAGAGCUGACUGGGAAACUAGGGAUUGCUGUGAGAGAGGAGUAUGCAAGUGACCAGAGAUGCAAGGAAUUCAUCUCCUAUACUGCAAAUGUAACGAGGAAAGAACUCCUCUCCGAGCUAAAGAAGGCAAAAUGUCAGUUUGAUGCUUGACUGAUCAAUUGAUAAAGGAGGCGUCGAAGAGUUAAUAUUGUAUGUCAAGAACCAUAAGAUUAAAGCAUUUAUAUCAGUCCUACCUCUAGAAAUGGUUACUGCAGAUGGGUACUUAGAAACCACCACUAAAGACUUGAAGACACAUGGCCGCUUUCUUCAAGCAAGCUGAUUGGAUUUGGUACGGAUGGUGCUGCCGGCAUGAUUGGAGCUGAAAAUGGACUGGUACAGAAAGUACGGCAAAAUCUCACACGUAAUUGGCAAUCACUGUGUUGCACACAGAUUAAAUUUUGUGUAUUCAGCUCUGUGAAAGACGGAAAAUGCAUUGAUGGCCUCGACUCUGUUUUUAAGAAGCUGUACCAAUUUUACCAGUAUUCACCCUAGAGAAUGUCAGCCGAAGCAGGUAGCUGAUGGUUUUCAGACAAGUAUCCUGAAAUUUCAGUACUUGCAUAACAUAAGAUGGGUAUCAAGCAAAGUCAGUGCUCUCUCUGCACUUGUCAAAGGCUGGAAAUGUGUGACAGUACACCUUGAAAGUGUUGCUGCAGAAAGACUGUGCAUCUGCAGUUGCACAUGGUUUGUUAAAGAAACAAACGAUUUUAAAUUUGUUCGCAUGCUCCAUUGUCUAUUUACUACCUUGAAAUUAAAUGGACACUAUAGUCACCUAAACAACUUUAGCUUAAUAAAGCAGUUUUGGUGUAUACAUGCCCCUGCAGCCUCACUGCUCAAUCCUCUGCCAUUUAGGAGUUAAAUCCCUUUGUUUAUGAACCCUGGUCACACCUCCCUGCAUGUGACUUGCACAGCCUUCCAUAAACACUUCCUGUAAAGAGAGCCAUAUUUAGGCUUUCUUUAUUGCAAGUUCUGUUUAAUUAAGAUCUUCUUAUCCCCUGCUAUGUUAAUAGCUUGCUAGACCCUGCAAGAGCCUCCUGUAUGUGAUUAAAGUUCAAUUUAGAGAUUGAGAUACAAUUAUUUAAGGUAAAUUACAUCUGUUUGAAAGUGAAACCAUUUUUUUUUUUUUUUUUAAGCAGUAAAAUUGCAGGGGAAUGAUCUAUACACUAAAACUGCUUUUAUUUAGCUAAAGUAAUUUAGGUGACUAUAGUGUUCCUUUAAGAACCUUUCCCUUUUAUUUCAAAGGGAAUAGCUUUUUUUUUUUUUUUUUUAAAGCACAAUUUCAUCGUUAAAGCUCUCCUCAUGCUCUUUUGGUACAUCUUUGAGUGAGUUUGUCAGUGGAACAUCACUUAAAGGACUGUAUCAAAACAUACAGUUGCAUGGACUCACUCAUACUGCAACUUCUUCGAUCCAACAUGAAAAAGACAAAUUGAUUCAGCAUGGUGUUAAAGUGGCACUGUCAUGCUGAACUUGACUUCCUCUUCUCUUGAUUCCUCUUCUCUCCUUCUGUCAGGAUCUGUUCUUCAUUUCUUCCUGUCUGCUCUAGUUUUCUUUAAAACGUAAGACAAAGUAUGGACUAUUUGUCUUAUGGAGGUUUCCUACGCCUUAUCUCUGACCAGCAGUGGAGAAAAGUGUGCUUAAUUUCCGGUGGUCAGAGCAAUUUUUCCACAAUUCUCACUUUUCCUCAGUGUUCCCACGAAGCCUUCUUUCACUUUUCCUGAACAUCCUGUCAUUUAGACAGAAUGCCGGCAAAACUACCGAAUUGUGUCCUAACAGAAUGAGAACAGUCUUGCAUUUUGCAGCGGCUUAGUAGAUAACUCACUAAUUCCCACGGUAUUAGGGAGCUAUCUAUCAAAACGCUGAAAGACCUAAAUUGGUCUUUCAGACAAAUUUAUUAAUACUAAGUAAAGAUGACUUGGUAUUGGUAAAUUCUGCCCCUACUCGCGAGUAAAGGGCAUGUCUCUUAAACCCUGAGCGGCGAGUGGGGGGCCCUAAAUAACAUGGGGAGGGUGUUAUUGUCCUCCCCACCCCUGAGCCAUAAAUAACAAUGUGCAGGGGUACGGACCUAUUGUCCUCCCCCUGGCCCCACCCCUGAACAGCUGGUGGGAGCCCUAAAUAACAGACCAAUUGUCCACCCCCUCCCAAGGUGACUAGGGGUCCCUAGUCACCCCCCCACCCAAAACAAAAAUUAACCCCUACCUACUUCCUCACCCAAAAAUAGUGAGCUGGGAAAAAAGAACAAAAUACCUGUGGGUAAAAAAAAAAAAAAAUCAAUAAAAAAAGAAUUAACAUGAAAACUUACCGUUUGUGUUUGUGUAUUUUUUUUUUUUUUUUUUUAUACAAGUUAGGGAAUUAUGGAUUUUUAUCUGGCCUUUUUUGGGGCCAAAGUAAGAUUUUAGAAAAAAGACUUCAAAUGGGAAGUUUAUUUAAUUUUUUUUUUUUUAUAUACAAUGAGUGGUAUGAAUUUAAAGUCCUUGGCAAAGAGAAAAAACUUUGGCAUUCCCCAAAACAGACAGAUUUCCAGUUUUGGGAAACUUGUCUAUAGUGUCUGCGUUGCCUGUCUCAACCGCAUGUUGCGAAAGAGGAUUCAUUUUAACCCCUUAAGACCGGAGUGCGUACAAUUACGCCUUAUUUUAGGAGGCUCUAAACGCCGCCGAGCGUAAUUGUACGCCCUCCGGUAUUUACUUACCCGGUCGCUGUGCGGGGACUCCCAGGGAGCCCCCCGUGGCACGUCCGACCCCCUGGAAGCCCCCCCGGCCAUGUUAGAGUGAGGUCCUUGCGAGGACCCCACAAUCACAUGGCCGGGGGUAGCUGCCUCCUGCAUUGCCAGCAGGGGGGCUGCCUGUAAUGACAGGUGGUCCCCCUGCUGACUGGAAAUGAAAUUAAAAUAAAUUAAUUUAAAAAAAACUGUAAAAAAAAAUAAAAAUAUAUACUUAGAUUAUUUGUGUAUAUGAUUUUUUUUUUUUUUUUAUAUAUAUAUAUAUAUAUAUAUAUAUAUAUAUAUAUAUAUAUAUAUAUAUAUAUAUAUAUAUAUAUAUAUAUGCGCACACGCAGUGUCUAGGUGUAUUUUACUAUUUAUAUCUAUAUAUCUCUCAAAUAUAAAAAAAUUUAAUAUGUAAAUACGUUAAAAUAUAUAGAUGUGUUUCGUUGUAACUGUAUUGUGAUAUUAAUAUAUAUUUAUAUCAAAAUACAUGUAGAACGAAAUAAUAUAUACGUAUAUAUCACUAUAUAUACCUAUAUAUAAAUAAAAAUAUUUUAUAAAAAUUAUAUACACAUAUAGAUUCACAUACGUGUGUAUUAUUUAUAUAUAUAUAUAUAUAUAUAUAUAUAUAUAUAUAUAUAUAUAUAUAUAUAUAUAUAUAUAUUUAAUUUAAUUCUACAUAUAUAUUUAUGUAAUAUUUUUACAUAAUUAGGUAUCUUAAUUAAUUACAAUUAGCGGGACCUGCCUGACAACCCAUGCCGAAAGUAAAGGGAAUUUAAUUUGCUAGCACUAUAUUUAACCCUAUAACUUUCCAAGACACCAUAAAACCUGUACAUGGGGGGUACUGUUCUACUCGGGAGACUUCGCUGAACACAAAUAUUAGUGUUUCAAAACAGUAAAAUGUAUUACAACGAUAUCGCCAGUAAAAGUGACGUUUUUUGCAUUUUUCAUGCACAAACAGCAGUUACACGGACAAUAUUAUUGCUGUGAUACUUGUUACUGUUUUGAAACACAAAUAUUUGUGUUCAGCGAAGUCUCCCGAGUACAACAGUACCCCUCAUGUACAGGUUUUAUGGUGUUUUCAAAAGUUACAGCGUCAAAUAUAAGGCUUGCGUUUCAUUUUUUCACAUUAAAAUUCGUCAGAUUGGUUACGGUGCCUUUGAGACCCUAUGGUAGCCCAAGAAUGAAAAUUACCCCUAUGAUGGCAUACCAUUUGCAAUAGUAGACAACCCAAGGUAUUGCAAACAGGGUAUGUCCAGUCUUUUUUAGUAGCCACUUAGUCACAAACACUGGCCAAAAUUGGCGUUUUUUUGCAUUUUUCACACAAACAAAUACUAACGCUAACUUUGGCCAGUGUUUGUGACCAAAUGGCUACUAAAGACUGGACAUACCCCAUUUGCAAUACCUUGGGUUGUCUGCUAUUGCAAAUGGUAUGCCAUUAUGGGUGUAAAUUUCAUUCCUGGGCUACUAUAAAGUCCCAAAGGCAACGUAACCAAUCUGGCGAAUUUCAAUUUUAAACGUAACUUUCCAAAACGCCAUAAAACCUGUACAUAGGGGGUACUGUUUUACACGUGAGACUUUGCUGAAUACAAAUGUGUAUUUUAUUGCAGUAAAAGCAAACAGUAUUGUGACAUUGACAGUUAAAAUGUCAUGUAGAACUACAAAAAUCAAGUCUUUUCUCCUAUUUUUUUCAUAUUAAUUUGUUUCAUAGCUAAAUAUUUGAUAUUAAAUGAAAACCCUGUUUCCCCUGAAUAAAAUGAUAUAUAAUAAGGGUGGGUGCAUUUACUAUGAAAGAGUUGAAUUACGGUUGGACAGACAUAUAGCGCAAAUGCCAGGUUUUGUUUACAUUUUGUUUCGUUUUACGUGUACAUUUGGCUCCGUCCUUAAGGGGUUAAUGAACUUUAAAAAAAUAAAUAAAAAAUAAACUCAGAUCAUAGUUUUUCCUGGAACUGUAGUGCACUGAAGGUGCCCUCACCCUCAGGGUCCUCCUCCCGCAGGGAGGUAGGGGAUUAAACACACUCCUUUCUCCAGCGCCGGACUCCAUCGGUGCUAGGGACUCUCCUCCCUCUUCUGAUGUCACUGGCUGAAUGUACGUGCAUUCAGACAGUCCAUAGGAAAGCAUUCUCAGCUAAGUCAAUGCUGUCCCAUAGGUAAGCAUUAGGAGGCUAUUGCACAUUCUCAUCAUAGAUGCAUUUAUAGGGACUCUCCAGUGCCAGGAAAACAAUCAGUUUCCCUGGCACUGCAGGUCCCCUCCACCUCCCAUCCCCGGUUGCUGAAGGGGUGAAAACCCCUUCAAUCACUUAACAAAGGCAGUGACAUGUCACUUGUCGCUGCUUCUUGGUCCACCGCCGCUCCUCCCCUUCCUCACGCCCGCUGGCUGGGGAGACCUAAUGCGCAUGCCGCGCACGCGCCUUAGACCUCUCCAUAGGAAAGCAUUAAAAAUGCUUUCCUAUGGGGAUUUUGGCCAUGCUGGAGGUCCUCACACAGCGUGAGGAUGUCCAGCGAUGCUAUAGCACAGAAAACCUGUGCUGUGGACCAGGAAGUGCCCUCUAGUGGCUGUUUAGUAGAUAGCCACUAGAGGAGGAGUUAACCUUGCAAGAUAAUUAUUGCAGUUUAUGAAAAGGACAAUAAUUACAGUUGCCGGGUUAAGGGUGUGCCUGGAGUCUCCCUUUAAUCAAUGCAUCUCUACAUUAAGCGCAGAGUGUGGAGACGCUGAAAAUAGGUGCUGCACACUGCAGUACUGGAAUAGGAAGCACCUCUAGUGGCCGUCUGAGUGACACCAGAAUCACUAAGCUGCAGUGGUUCUGGUGACUAAUGUUCCUUAACCCCUUAAGGACACAUGACGGAAAUAUUCCAUCAUGAUUCCCUUUUAUUUCUGAAGUUGUGCCCUUAAGGGGUUAAAGAAUUGUAUUUUUUGUUGCUGAAAAUGAAGCUUUGUUUGUUUAAAAAAUAAAAAAUCAACCCCCUUCAGCACCGGACUGUUUUGGCCAUGUUGUACGUUAAAGAUCAGAGCUGUUUUUUAACACUUUUUGUGUUUGUGGUUAGCUGUCAUUUUCCUCUCUCUCAUUUACUGUUCCCAUACAAGUUAUAUAUUGUGUUUUUUUUUUUUUAAAGGACAAAAAGGGCUAUCUUUACAUACCAUUAUUUCUAUCAUGUCAUAAAAUUUAAUUUAAAAAUAAUAUAUGGUGAAAUGUAAAAAAAAAAAAAAUAUAUAUUUUUCUUUUACUUGAAAAAUCUUUCUGAUCUACAAAAGCUAAUGAAGAAAAAAAACUGCUAAAUAGAUUCAAAAUUUUGUACUGAGUUUAAAAACACCCAGUGUUUACAUGCGUGCUUUUUUUUUGUGCAAGUUAUAGAGCUAUAAGUACAAGUAAGAUAUUGCUGUUUCAAAACCUACAUUUUUAAAAUUUAUCAAUCGUGACAUUGUAACACUGUUAUCUGUCAUAAACCUCUGAAAAACACCCCACAUAUACCGUGUGUGUACGUACGCACGCACAACCCAGGAUAUCCAUUAUGUGGUAUGACCAGUCUUUUAGUAGCCACUUAGUCGCAAACACUGGCCAAAGUUAACAUUUAUAUUUGUGUGUUAAAAGUGCAAAAAACAAUUAUGAACGCUAACUUUCGACAGUGUUUGUGACUUAGUGGUUACUAAAAAAGACUGAACAUAACCAAUUUGCAAUACAUUAGGUUGGCUUCUUCUGCAAAUGGUAUGCCAUCAUGAGAGUAAUUCUCAUUCCUGGGCUAACAUACGCUCUCAAAGGCAACAUAACCAACCUGGCAAUUUUCAAUGUAAAAAUAUUUGACCCUGUAACUUUCAAAAACUGUUUAAAACCUGUACAUGGGGGGGUACUGUUGUACUUUGGAGACUUUGCUGAACACAAAUAUUAGUGUUUCAAAACCGUAAAACAUAUCACAAUUAUCAUCAGUGAAAGUGUUUGUGUGUGAAAAAUGCAAAAAAGUCACUUUCACUGACAGUAUCAUCGUGAUGUUUUACUGUUUUUAAAGAAUAAUAUUUGUGUAAAACAGUACCCCCCCCACCCCCCCAAGCAAAUGAAAUUCUCUGGACUUUCCGCCUGGGUUGUCCCUCAAAUUGCAAUCCAUAAAAUGACUUGAUUAUGUAAAAAUAUUUAAAUACAUUACGCACGUAGAUUUUAAAUAUAUUUAUUAUACGUGUAUAUUUGUGAAGUUAUUUAUGGAAUUAUGUAUAUGGAGGUGUGUGUGUGUGUGUGUGUGUGUGUGUAUGUAUAUGUGUGUGUGUGUGUAUAUAUAUAUGUGUGUAUAUAUGUGUGUAUAUAUAAUAUAUAUAUAUUUACACAAUAUAUAGUUAUUAUGUGUUUAAGUAUUUUUGAAUUAAUAUAUGUAUUAAUCUAAAAAUCCACUUAGUAGGAUAGAUAUAUAUCUAAUAAUGAAUAAAGAUAUUAUUUUAUUUUAUAAAUGAAGGGAGACUGUCAGUGCAGGUAGAGACUUGGACACCUAUUGUGACUGCUCUGAGCGAUCACGUGGCUGCAGGGAGACUGCCUGGGCUGUCAGGCAGUUUCCCCACACUAGGAGCAACGCCGAUCGGGGAAGUACAUAUUACAGUUAUGACUGUUCAGGAUCCUCAAUGGAAUUUUUCCGAUGACGGUCCUGAACAGUCACCGGUCGGGAAGGGGUUAAAUAAUUGCUCCUAACUUUUUUUUUUUUUUUUUUUUGGCUCGUAGAUUCCAAGCAAAUUUUAUCAAGCCCUGCUAUUAUAUAUUUUUCUAUAUUGGUUUCUCUGUUUAGUAAAUUAUAUUUUCCAUGCAGGUGGGAUUGUAUCUGGCUGCAUAGUUUAAAAACAAGCUUCUGAUUUGCAAUAAAGAUUUGCACUAUUGUCAGCUGUGUCUAGUUGGAGCAGAGAGCCCCAAUUGUAUCAAAAAUAUAUUUUCUCCAUUUUCAUUUACCCCAUCACAUAUUGUUUCCUUGCUGUAUGUGUCAUUAGAAGCACAUUAUGGGUAGUGGUAUUUUGUGCCCCUCCAAUGCCCCUUGCUGUAGCAUACAUUGCAGCAUUUUCUUUUCAGUUGGGCAGAUUUGGAAAGGGAAAUGCUGUGAGAGGGACUUCCGCUACAAUUCAAAGCAAGUGAAGCAGAAAACCCUCCCGGCUGUCUGGCAGUGUUACUAAGGGGAUUUAUAAAAAAGCUGAUUUCUCUUAAAACUGUCACUUUAAUAAAAUGAGCCAGAUGGGGCAUGCAAUCAAUUACUUUUAUUGGUAAAAAUAAUUUUUCAAUAAUUAAAAAAAAAUGCAAUCCACAUGUUUAACUUUUUUUUUUUUUCUCCUUUUUUUUCAGAUAAGUUGAUCAAUGGAUAAAGUUGGGAAAAUGUGGAACAAUUUUAAAUAUAGAUGCCAGAAUCUCUUCAGCCAUGAUGAGGAUGGGAGCCAAACCGACAUUGUAGAUGUUAAUGCAAACAGGUGUUUGAGUGGAAGCUCUAAAAAUGAUAUCCCCGCCAGUCAGGGUCACCUACAGUCAAUCGUACCUUUUCAGGAUAACACUGCUUCUGAAGUGAGCUUCAGUUCAUUCAGUAGCAUCAGCAGGAGAAAUCAGAACUGUGUGACUGAAAUGCCUCAGCUGGUUGAGAUUAGCAUUGAAAAAGAGAACGAGUUAGGGCUGAGUGUGGGAACACGUCUAGCGCGCAGAGACUCGUACACCCGCCAUGCUCCAUGGGGUGGAAAGAAAAAACACUCUUGCUCCACCAAAACUCAAAGUUCUUUUGAUCCAGAUAAAAAAAUAAAUCGAACAAGAAGCAGUUUACAAAGGAGAGAGAGAAGACACUGCGUAAAUUCCGUUCACGAUGUGGAGGCAGUUUCGAUCAGGGCAAUAGGAAGCCGUAGUUUACGACAGAGGCUAAAUGAAACUGUAGGAUUGUGCUUUCCAAUUAGGACUUACAAUAGGCCAUCAAAACCCCUUUUUACAAACAAGAGAAAAAUUCAUCUGUCUGAGCUAAUGCUUGAGAAAUGUCCCUUCCCCGCUGGAUCAGACCUAGCCCAAAAAUGGCAUCUGAUUAAGCAACAUACAGCACCUAUCAAUCCGCACACAAAUAUUUUGGACACAUUUGAGCAGUCUGUGGUUUCUACUGAGGACGAAGAAGAUCGAUUACGUGAAAGGCGUAGACUUAGUAUAGAAGAAGGUGUAGAUCCACCUCCAAAUGCUCAGAUUCAUACAUUUGAAGCAACAGCACAAGUUAAUCCUGUAUAUAAGCUUGGACCAAAAUUAGCAGCUGGCAUGGCAGACUUGUCUGGGGACAGUAGUACAUUGUCACAAGGAGGGUGUGAAUCUGAAGAAGAUACUACAACGCUCUGUUUGCAAUCCCGUAGACCGAAACAGCGUCAGGUUUCAGGAGACAGCCAUACUCAAGUGAAUAGACAGGGGGCUUGGAAAGUUCAUACACAGAUUGAUUACAUUCACUGCCUUGUUCCUGAUUUAAUUGAAAUAACAAGCAAUCCUUGUUAUUGGGGAGUUAUGGAUCGUUAUGAGGCCGAAGCCCUGUUAGAAGGCAAGCCCGAAGGCACGUUUUUGCUCAGGGACUCUGCACAAGAGGACUACCUAUUCUCUGUGAGCUUCCGCCGCUACAAUCGAUCUUUGCAUGCUCGCAUUGAGCAGUGGAAUCAUAAUUUCAGCUUUGACGCUCACGACCCGUGUGUGUUUCACUCCUCUACAGUCACUGGGCUUUUAGAACAUUACAAGGAUCCUAGCUCCUGCAUGUUUUUUGAACCCUUGCUCACUGUACCUUUAAACAGGACUUUUCCUUUCAGUCUGCAGUAUAUCUGCCGGGCAGUGAUCUGCAGGUCUACCACGUAUGACGGAAUUGAUGCACUUCCUAUGCCAUCCAUGUUACAAGACUUCCUUAAAGAAUAUCACUAUAAGCAAAAAGUCAGAGUACGAUGGCUGGAAAGGGAGCCCUUUAAAUCAAAAUGAAAGCUGCGUUCUGUGUUCUCCAGUCUCUUCCCUGCCAAGAUCUCUCCCCCAUAGACUUUGCAUAUGCUUUGCGUAUGACUUAGUAGAGAACCUGCUACCUGUAUUUAGAGUUAAUUCAGUAUCACACACUGAGCUUUAUGUGUUUUGAAGUAAUCUAUAUCCUGCUUGCAAAAAAAAAGCUUGUGCAUUCUUGUGAACUAUGAAGCAGCGCAUUAAACUGCAUGUUCUCAUGAAUGCUUAGAGUAACCGCUUACAUUUCCUUCCUUCGUAGCACCCUUGGGAUGUGAGGUGCCUAAAAGUGUUUUUGAUUUUAUUUUUUGUUUUGUUCCCCACAAAUAUUAUUCUACACAAAGGUGCUGUAGUUGUAAAUGGGAUCGAUAAUGGGAAAACAUGUCUACUAACAAUGUAAUGGUCUGGAAUAAAAAAUGUUUUUUUUGAAAAGGUUACUUACCUGGCCUGGUAAGCUAUGGGUGGAACCUAACAGGUUGUUGAACUGAAGGUAAAGUGAAUUUCACUUAACAUAAUUUAGGGCUUUGUAUAUCUGAAAUCUUAACUUUGCCACAUAGAGAAACGUUGGUUCAGAGGAAUAGAAAUACUUAUGCAUAUAUUAUGCACUUGUAUUAAUUAAACACAAACUUGUAUGAAUUAUACACAAAAUUGUAUGCACAACUUUUGCUUUAUGCUGUGAAAAAGCUGAGAUUGGAUUUGAUAUAAAAAUGCUGGUGAUUGAUUCCCUUUAAGUUUCUUUUAAAGCACAUCACCAGUUAUAACACGGUAGUCUAUAGAUUAUUGUGGAAAUCCCUAGGUCCCUUAAGAAAUGUGCAGUAGAUUGCCAAUCUGCCUAGCUGUUGAUGGAUUAGGACUAUGAUUUGAAUGAUUUUUUUCAUUAGCAGCAAGAUUGUUUUUAGGUUGUUAUACAUCCAAGUGUCAUGUAUGCUACAUAUGUGUGCAGUCAUGUUACUGGCAUAUGUGCGCUCACACAAUUAUGUUAUCAGCAAUAUGUAUCCUUAGAUUCCCAAAAAAUCAAGGUAGUCAUAGGUGGUGCUUAAGUUCAGGUGUAAUACCUGUUUGGAGGGGAGUAUUUUAAUUAUGGAUUUAAUUCAUUUGUAUGUAUGACUUGUGCCACAACACUUUGUUUAAUUAAGCAGAGUUACUGCAUAACAGAUUUAUUUUUAUUUUUAUGGUGCAAUAAAAAAAAAAUUGCAAGACAGCGUGGCUUCCAUGGGAUCCCCACCUCCUCUCUUCCCCUUAUUACGUUUCAUCAUAUAUCGUCUGUAAGAUGUCUGUGCAAGGAUCUUGAAUUUAUGUAAACAAAACGUGAUUGUAACCUGUAAAAAUGUUCCAGAUUACUAGUUACUUCAGUAACCCGCAUAUACUAUAUUAGAGCAUAUUAUGUGCUGUAAAUAUCCACACAUACCAAGCGUCUUGCAAUACUUCACAUUUGUACUUAUCAUUCAAAUGCCAUUUAAAAAAAAAAAAAAAAAAAGCGCACCUUUUUUGUAUUUGAUAAAUAUUUCUCAUCCAUAAAUUCUAGAGCUUUUGUUUCUGUAGAUGUUUAAGGUACUGUACAUUUUUUUUUUUUUGCAAACUUAAGUAUUUUGUAAGACUGCAUCGGCACUUUAAGCCUCUUGUUAAAUAUGGGGCUAUUAAUGUACUCUGCUACGUACCUGUAUGUAAAACAAAAAAGGUAUACUAACAGGCGUAGCACUGUGCAGUAUUGACAAUGUUCUCUAGCAGAGCAUUCUAAAAUGCUAUUUUUAUUUUUUACUCUAUGACUUAUUCUUAGCUAGUUUCUCAGAGCUUGAAUUAUAUCCCAAGUCUUUAAGCAAACUGCUACAUAUUAUGUAACCUUCUAUGGAUUUUAGAUACCUUGAACUGCAUUUCUGAGUUGGCACAUCUAUACGCAAAUCUAGAGGUUUUUUUCCCCUGCUUCCUGUGCCUUUUUUUUUUUUUCUUCUGUUUUUGUUCAUGGCUACAACCUACUGUUUUUGGUGUUUUUUUAUUUAUUUUUUUAUUUUUUAAGCUUUUGCUAUUAUGUAUGCACAGUUGUUAUAGUUGACCUCCUUUUAAUUGAAAUAUAAGACGACUUGCAUAACUAAUGCAGAAAUAGCAUGGAGAAAAAACAAACAAACUUGGCAGGACAUAUGUUUUGUAACCAACAAUUUACUUUUCUGUUGUGUAGGGGCAGGGGGUCAUUUGCUUUAGUUGCUCUCAAUAUCUUCUUUCAUCGGAAAAUGUCUGGAUAUGGUCUUGUCUUUUAUUCUUCUCUUUUUGUUCUGGAGUGUGUGUCAUUGUAUCCCCAUAUAUCUGGCAAUAUUUAAUGUGAAGUGAAAAAAUUGGUUCCAAGUGUAAAUUUUAAAAAAAGUUAAAGCUUUGCUUGAUUUAAAUUUGUUUUUAAAUCUUUUCUUUCAUAAUGCAGAUUUUUAUUUUUUUUACUUAUUUCUACAUUUAAAAUUUUUUUUUUUACAUUUGUCUAUUUAGAGCAGUCCAUAAAGAACCCCCCUCCAAUUACUUUAUAUUGAACUGGAUUUGCCAGCCCUAGUAUAAUGGUACACUUCGCAAUUUGCUAUAAGCUAAAUAUUUGGAGCCAUCAUGCUUACCCUUAAUUGAAUGAGGAUCUGUGGUGAUGACAUCACAAUCCUGUUAUAUUGCAGUAAAAGGUUUAAAAAGUCUCCAUGACCAAAUAGGUGUUUUGGGGGGGGAGGGGAAGGGGGUUUGUUGCAGAAAAGCUACAUAUUUAAAAUGUAAGUUUUUAUUUUUUAAGUUCAUGGAUUUUUUUUUUUCUAUCACUAAUAUUGUAUUGGUUGAAUGUCUGUGUAAUUUAUAGCGCCUGUCAAUGCCAAGAGGGUAUUUCAAUCAUUCAUACAUAUACCAAAGCUGAUCAGAUUUAUUAAUGCGUUUAUAUGCAAUUGUGCAGGAACAAUUCUAUAUUUAAGUGUGCACUUUAAUUGCUUUAUUGUAAAAUCGGAAAUGCUGUCAUGGAUCAUAAGGUUUUAUAGGGAAACAUUUUUUGUUUUCAUGCAUUUACAAAUAUGUAAUCCUUUUUGUUUACUAACCCAUUCACUACCAUUUUGAUAUAGGUAUUUCAAAUGAAUGCUCUGCUACAGGACUUUUCUGUCCACCCCAGCAGAAAGAAUAAGGCUAAAUGUCUCUAAAGCUUCACUUACUCUAGAGAUUCCAGUAUCUAUCUGUAAAAAUGUGUAUGUGAACAUGUAAAUUUUUUAACCUCUGUGUUCCAAAGGGAUGGGUACAUUGCUCUGUAUCCCCCAUUAUAUGCAAUGGUUAAGAUCUAGUAUCUAAUUUUUAUGUCCAGCCAUUGUGAUUGUACAGUACAUAGAAACCUUUUAUUUCAAAGUAUAAAGCAGAACUACCAUAUGUUUUAAAAUUAAAUAAUAAAAAAAAAAUCACCAGCAUGAAAUCGAACCACAUCUGUAUACUUGUAUUUAUUUUUCUUGUAGUUCUUUUCGUUUGUGGUAACCACGUACUGACAUGAUUACAUGUUGGUGUGAAAAAGCCUCACUUAAGCUUGUUUGAAAACACAACCCUGUGACCUCUGGAUAAGUUGGUCACACCCUUCUCAAUUGCAGUUUCCAGAACUUUGAAUUUAAAGGAACACUUCUAGUCUGGUCCCGAUCAGCUGUACUCUAGAGUCAAGAUUGAUGACAUUUAUCCAAAGAAAUGCUUCUCGUAGAGGUGCACUGCAGACAUACAGCGCAUUUGUGGGCUUCUCCACAACCCUCCAUUCCAGUGCUUUUCUUUAAGAAACGUUGAAUCCAAUGCUUCAAAUAGAUUUAUUGGAUGGUACACGCAGUGUUCAGACUCAGCAUAUUUUGUUUAUUUUCUUUGUCCAGAAUCAGCAUGAAACCUACUUAAGAACUGAACUGCCUAGUGGUUGUCUGAAGAAUUACCACUGCUUGGGACAUGGGGAUUGCAAAAUGUAAACAAUGCUGUUUUUAAUAAAUGUUGG